UCCCCUUCCCCCUCCUCCUCCUCCUCCUCCUGUCCUCCUCCCCAGCGGUCGGACAGCGGUAGUUUGCACUGAGCAGCAGGAUUGCGCAAGGCGGCCGGCAUGCACCUGGAGAGAAACCGCCCCGCCAAGCCGUCCAUGGGCUCAGCCGGAGAUACAGCAUGCAGACUAAAGCUCUAACAUCAGGGAUUUAGCAGCAGAGCUAGGGCGGAUAUUGGAGCUGCAGUAUGGGCGAGGCACAGCCAAAAUAAAAGCGAUGUAAUUCCAUGGACAUAAAAAGGGUGGGUGGGGGGAAUCUAAGUAGCGUUUGGAUUAGAAUUGUCCCGGGUGUAUUCGGGGGGCUUGGUUUGGUGCCUGGUUACCUGAAAUACCAGAUACAGUACUUAUUUCUGCCAACCUUAACUGUAGUUUAAAAGGAUGGAGAAAGGCGCGCAGCAGCCGCAGCUGUCCAAAAGCGCAGAGAGUCUUGCGGAGGACAUCUCCAAAAUAAACGACGAGGAGCUGCUGAAGUGGGGCAAAGAGGAGCUGGUGCGGCAACUGAGGAGGGCAGAGGCGGGGAAGAGGAGCGCCAUCGUGGAGCACAGCAAUCUGAUGCGGGAGGUGAACCGGAGACUCCAGCAGCACCUGAACGAGAUACGGAGUUUAAAGGACGUGAACCAGAAACUGCAGGAGGACAACCAGGAGCUGCGGGACUUGUGCUGCUUCCUGGAUGACGACCGGCAGAAGGGAAAGCGGGUGUCGCGGGAGUGGCAGCGUCUGGGCCGCUACAGUGCCGGCCUGAUGAGGAAGGAGGUGGCCAUCUACCUGCAGAAGCUGAAGGAGCUGGAGCAGCGGCAGGUGGAAGUCAUCCGGGAAAACCUGGAGCUCAAGGAGGUGUGCCUCAUGCUGGAGGAGGAAAGGGUUGUGGCUGUGGCUGGAGGAGGUGGAGGUGUGGGCGGGCACGGAGGUACUGGCCGUAGGAGCUCCAUUGACAGUCAAAGCAGCUUGUCUCAGCUGGGUGGAGGUGUCCCAGUACCUGGGCUGCUGCGGGACGUCGGCGAUGGCAGCAGCACCUCCAGCGCAGGAAGUACGGAUAGCCCAGAUAACCCCCACCUCAAACCCCCGACCCUGGGCUCCAAUGCCAGCCCUGGAUCAAGAUGUGUCUCUUCAGACCACCGCCACAAACCAGGAGAGGUGUGUGAAUCCACAGGCAGGAGGCACAGCUCCACCCCAGAGUACUACACCUUCCCCCAGUCCUGCCGCCCCCGCGGGGGGUCCCUCACCAACCUGGACCCUCGUGGCCUUCGGGGCCACAGCCCGGAGAAACACAGCAAGUCUCCCACCAGGCUACCAUGUGACUCCAGCCCCAAACCCUGCAGCUCUGACCUACUAGCCCACAAACAGCUAUUGAUGUCAGGGCAGGCAUCACCGGGCUGUGGGAAGAGCACAGCAAAGUCCAGCCCAGAGCUGAGUCACAGACACCGGUCGGUUAACAUUGCGGGGGCCGGCUGUGGGAGUCCUGAGUCCAAGCUGUCACCGAUAGGGACGCCUGAGCACCUGAGGAAAGGGCGGGUGAUCUUGGGUAGUCCAGAGUCUAUACGGCACCACCAACACUAUCAUCACAGCCCCGGGGUGGAGCACGGCAAGGGGAGGUAUAACAGUGGCUCCCCAGGCAGGGAAGAAGGUCAGAGGAGAGCAGCGGGAGAGGAGCUGGCCCCCCACCACCAGAGUCUGUACAACGCUCUGAUAUCUGCUGGUUGCUGCACCAACUCCUGUAGGAGUGUAAAUCUUUGGGACAGCUUUGACGCCUCCUGACCAUGACAUGCCUCUUCAUCAGAUGCUGCUGUGAAAAACACACACCCCAGAGAGAGAAGAAGAGGGUUGUUAGAAAGAUGGAGCACGAGUGGAUUGAGGUAUAGAUGGAGAAAUGAUCGUCAAAUUCAAAAUCAAGCCGUGAGGGCUCGGGAGCAGACGAGUGAAACACUAGGAACUCUCUCUCUGCCCUUUCUGCUGCUGCUAUGCAUAUCCCGUGGACCACCAGUAAAGACUGAAUGUCAUCGUUCGGACGGGCAGAGGCUCAAAAUGAAGAGAGCAAAAUAAAUAAGACAGCUGAGAAUCUUUGUGUUGCCAACAAAAUAGUCCUACCUCUUUGGAAAGACCGCCUGGAUGAAAGAACCGU